AUGACUCAUCAGGAGCCCCGGGAAAAGCGCUGCAUGGCCUGGUUGCUGCUGCUGUGGCUGUUGCUGCUGUUCUCAGGAUCCCGGGCCCACUCUCAGGUGCCGGUAGUUCAAAAAGUGGCCGGGCAGGCGUUCUCUGUGAAGUGCCAGUACCCACCCACGAGUGGGGUCUACCAGAAGAAGAGUUGGUGCAAGGAGAGAUCACCCAUUAAGUGCGCCAGGUUAAUCAGUAGCUCCAAUCCCUGGACGCAGAUUCAGGUGUCAAGGUUCUCAGUGUGGGACGACCCCAGUGCCGGCUUCUUCACCGUGACCAUGACUGCUUUGAAAGAAGACGACCCUGGGCGCUACUGGUGUACCGUAUACCACCCUGCCGGUAUCUCCAUCGCCAUGUCCUCCAAAUUCGACCUGGUGGUGUCUCCAGGGUCUCCUGGGGAGGGCUGUUGGGAACAGAACCCUGGAGACAGGCACAGGUACACUCAGCCGCCUCACUGGUCCAUCUCCACGUCUUACAAGCCUGCUUACCUCGGAGAUGCCCAGACGCAUCAGCUGAGCAACAGAGGCCAUAGCAGCCUGCCACGUGGAACCUGA